GCACCGAGUCCCUGGAGAGGCUCAAUCUGCGCCCUGGCCCGGGACCCCGCUGCGCCCAGCUGCAGUUACCGGCAGAGGCGGGCCGCCGCGGGAGGGGACGGAGCGGCCGACGGACCGCGAUGCAGUGAGGGAGGAGGUGGCCGGGCUGGCCAUGGCUUCCCCUUUCCCAGCCGGCAACAGCGGCGGGGAGCCGAGCUCCGGGGAGGAGUCGGCCGGGCCGGAGGAGGAGGCCCGGGCGCUGGCUGAGCAGUUCGAGCGGGCGGCCGAGCGACUGCCGGGGCUGAUGCAGGUGGCCAGCAGGGAGCAGCUCCUCUACCUGUACGCCAGGUACAAGCAGGUCAAAUUUGGAAACUGUAACACUCCCAAGCCCAGCUUCUUUGAUUUUGAAGGAAAGCAGAAAUGGGAAGCGUGGAAAGCGCUGAAAGAUUCAAGUCCCCACCAGGCUAUGCAAGAAUACAUUGCCACAGUGAAGAAACUGGAUCCCAGUUGGAAUCCUCAGACACCAGAGAAAAGCAGAAAGGAAGGAAAAACUGGGUUUGGAGGCCCAGUUGUCAGCUCGCUGUAUCAGGAAGAAACCAUCAGAGAGGAAGACAAGAACAUAUUUGAUUACUGCAGAGAAAACAACAUUGACCAUGUAUCCAAAGCCAUACAAUCAAAAAAAGUGGACGUGAAUAUGAAAGAUGAAGAGGGCCGGGCUUUGCUUCACUGGGCAUGUGAUCGAGGACACAAGGAGCUCGUCUCAGUACUGCUACAGCAUGCGGCCAAUAUUAACAUCCAGGAUGACGAAGGCCAGACAGCACUGCAUUAUGCCUCCGCCUGUGAGUUUUUUGACAUUGUGGAGCUGCUGCUGAAGUCUGGAGCUGACCCCACCCUCUUGGACCAAGAAGGCUGCCUGCCUGAAGAGGUGACAGACUGUAAAGCAAUCACUUCCAUGCUGCAGCAGCACACAGUUGGCAAAACCUAACCAGAAGGAUUGCAUCAGCGCGGGGCUUCAAGAAUGGACAGAAACGGCAAUAAUCCUCCCCCAACCCUCUUUAAUAUGCAUUGUUUUUUGAGAGCUGGGCAUGACGUUUGGGCGGGCUGGGUUCCUGGCAAAUCUACCAGCAUAAGUCUUUGGAAGGAGAGAUAUGGGAAGGAGUAUACAUUGCAUAAUAGGAUCCAUUUUUGCAUGCUCUGGAAUUUAUUACUGCUCUGGGUGGGUUGGGAGACUCAGACAAUGCUAGUAAGAGGUGAGAAGUGAACAAUCAGCAUGGAAGAUUCAGAUGUGACCAGAUGAGAUCUGUGGAAAUCAGGUGUGGUACCAUUGAGGAAAGCUGAGUUGUAUUUCCCUUGGCCCAGACAAAUACUAUAAAUAAAAGAAAGAGCACAAGGUCA